UUCCAAGAUGGCAGGUGAAAAUAUCGCUGGACUGUGCUUCUGUCCGCUCUAUUCAUCAGUAAUCUCUAUGGAAGUGACGUAGCUGACAUCCGUGUGUGAUAAUGUGGCGGCAGCUUUUUGUGGGCACACUGAAAUGUUUGAGCGCACGACAGUGUGCACGGUAUCAUAGCGGACUGCCCGACAGAUCUUCAGGGACACAAUGGAAGAAACCGAUCGGUUUUGAUACCGGUGUGAAAGUCUACAACAGUCUGACCAGACAAAAAGAGCCUCUCAUCGUGAAAAGAAAGGGGCAAGCUACAUGGUACAGCUGUGGACCUACUGUGUACGACCAUGCCCACUUGGGACAUGCCUGCUCCUACGUUAGGUUUGACCUGCUGCAGAGGAUUUUGUCGAGAUUGUUUGGAAUUGCUGUCAACCACGCUAUGGUCAUCACUGAUAUUGAUGACAAAAUCAUCCAGAGAAGUUUGGAGGAAAACACUUCUCCAUCUGUCAUAGCCAGAAGGUAUGAAGAUGAAUUCAAAAAGGAUAUGCUGUCAUUAAAGGUGAUUCCUCCUGCAGUUUAUUUAAAAGUCACUGAGAACGUGCAUCACAUUGUGGCAUUCAUUCAGAAGAUCAUUGACAAUGGACAUGCUUAUGCCACAAAAGAAGGUGAUGUAUAUUUCGACAUCCAGUCCAUUGGUGAUCGUUAUGGCAAGUUUUGGGGAUCUGCCCAUUCUCAGCUUGAGCCAGGAAACUUAAAUAAAAGAGACUCCAGGGAUUUUGCUCUGUGGAAGCAUUCCAAACUGCAAGAACCAUACUGGGUAUCUCCAUGGGGCCGAGGAAGACCUGGUUGGCAUGUUGAAUGUUCUACCAUUGCUAGUUCAGUGUUUGGGAGUGAUCUGGAUAUCCAUUCUGGAGGCAUUGAUCUGGCCUUUCCUCACCAUGAGAAUGAGAUCGCUCAGAGUGAAGCCUAUCACCAGUGUGAACAGUGGGGAAAUUAUUUCCUCCAUUCUGGUCACUUACAUCUACAAGGCAGUGCAGAAAAAAUGUCUAAAUCUAUGAGAAACUAUAUUACCAUAAAGGAUUUCCUUGGGGUUUAUUCUGCCAAUGAAUUCAGGAUGUUUUGUCUCUUGACAAAAUACAGAUCAGGGAUUGAUUACAGUGAUGGCAGCAUGUCGGUGGCUCAGAGCACUCUGCAAAGUCUGUCCACCUUCCUGCAUGAUUCCCAGGUUUACAUGGCUGGCCAGCUGCACUGUUUACCCAUACAUGAAGCACUUCUGUGGGAGAGGCUGACUGAAACUGAAACCAGGGUGGUGAUGGCGCUGGCAGAUGACUUUGACACUACUCGAGCUGUUGGUGCUCUUAUGGAUCUUGUUCAUCAUGGGAACCGCCAACUCCAGCCUGUCUCAAUGUCUCAUGGACUGGCAAGAAGCCCAGCUGUGUUUGGAGCAAUUGCCUGUUACAUCAGGAAUGUCCUCGACAUGUUUGGAAUUGAUAUGCUCCACAAUAAGGAAGAACGCGUGGUGAGUACUGCAGGAAGCCUGGAAGCUGUCAUUGACCACCUGACUCAGUUUAGAAGUGAAGUUCGAGCAUUUGCCCUUACUCAUCAGGAAGCCUCCCAAAAACCUGGACUGUACCCUGAAAGAAUGACUCUUCUAAAAGCCUGUGACACCCUGAGAAAUAACUUGGCACCCCUGGGUGUGCAGAUAAAGGACAGAGGAGCCACCUCUACAUGGGAGAUAACCUGUGCAAGACACAAAGACCUCUCUGACGAAUAAUGAUGGCUUUAAUGAAGUCUAGCAUUUCAUUCUGUAAAUAGAGGUCAUCCCCUCCAGUUUAACGCAAUAACUAAAAACAGUAAACUGUCAUCUUGUAAAUCAUUAAGUAAAAAUGGCAUAUGAGGAUAAACUGAUUAAACUUUUGUUUUAAAUAUUGUUUUGUUUACUUGGUGCUCCAGAUCAAUACAGAUCAAUU